AUCAUAGAAUCUUGACCUGUUACCGCCAUUGUUGGCCAUUGCGACGCUGCCUUGGGCCGAACAAAUUUCUUCCUGCUCAAGGAAUUGGAUUCAUAAAUCAAGCAUCAAAUUUUCCUCGGAGCGGGCUCGGAUUCACCGGAAGCUUGUUCUAAAUUGAAGUAAUUGUUCAGAGCACUCAUGGCGACGCGUCUACCACAGGAGCUUAUCGACAAAAUUCUAGACGACCUAGAUGGAGACCCUUUCUCGACAAUCUCGACGUACAGGUCAAUCUCACUGGUAUGCGGUUAUUUCACACCCUCUGCGCAAAAGCGCUUGCUCCGGAAUAUCAAGCUUCUUCGACGAUCCUGCAGACAAUUUAAUGCUCUCCUGACUGAAUCACCACAUGUUGGGCAAUACGUAAAGAGACUCCACGUCUACAGUCAUUCCGUUUCUCCCAUUAUCGCAGAAGUGCUCCGUCGUCUCCCCAACCUACGCACUCUGAAAAUCGAUAGCGAUGGACUGUCGUCUGUUGCGGAUCACCUCCAUACCGGGCUGAGCAGUGUGAGGUGUCUGGAUCUGUCACUCAUGCAACUGAGAGACGUCUCGACACUGCUCAAGGCCAUCUCACUGUUUCCCUCGUUGGAGCUCCUUAGAUUGGAGAGGGUCGGCUUGCAGGACAACCGACCUAAAGAUCAACCCCAGAGAACGUCUAUGGAGGGGGACUGGGACUGGCGACAUCUCGUUUCCCUGAGUAUAUUCAACCAUACGCCUAUUGAUUUUGAUUUUGUAGAUGACGAUCCUCCGCUUGAUCGCAAUAACGAGGAUCCCAAUGCCCAAAUUGCGUUUGAGCCUCCGACGGAGUGGAAGAUGCCAUCGCUGCAGGCGCUGCAGAUACGCGUUGAUGAUAAUAUCGUGCAGUCGAUAUUGCUGAAUAACCUUAGUGGUGCGACCCCUGCGGCGCAGUUGAGCAAGUUGCGUGCUCUUAGGGUGACAGCGUCUGCUUUGACAUCGUUUGAGGUCAUUCAGCGGCUGUUGGAUAAGGUUCCUACGACGUUGGAGGAACUGGUGAUGUUUACUCACGCGUUGCCGUAUACGGCACGACAUAUUGAUAUGAGUAAGCUCACGAAGCUCAGGUCUCUGUACCUACAAGUGUGGAUGAAAUACCCUCGCUCUUCGUCGCCCUCACAGGACGAGUACUUUUCAUGGCUUGUCAACAUGUUCGCUACCAUGCCGGACUGCGUCCAAGAUGUAUACAUGAACGUAAUAUUUGGGACCCAACAAGAGGAUUUUCCGUUGAAUGUCUGGACCAACCUUGGCAAAAUCUUUGCCCAGCAACGCCGUAAGACGAAUCUGCAUGUGGUCUUUGGAGAUAAAGAGCUGGAGAACUAUGCUCAUUAUUUUCCGAGCCAGACGUAUUUCGAGAAGUCGAUGAAUAGAUGUCUGGGCUCGUUGAAAGGGCAGGGACGUCUGCAGAUCUGGACUGCGCAAGAGUUUAUGUAUCGCGAGAAAGGCACUAAGAAUUUCGCCGUGUUCGUUACGCCGGAGUUGAUCUUGUCUGCGUGAAUGUCGGGAUGGAAAUUUUUGGUUAUUAUGGUUACGGCUCUACAGCUGUCGGGAUAUUCCGCCGUUUGUGAUUUUCCGUGGAUGGGUCCAAUUCGAUAUUUAUACUCCUUCCAUUUUUUUUCAAUUGGAGACCUAUCUAUUCAUGUAUGGGUUAUACAUAACGUUAAUACUCCUUUUCACGAAUGGGACCACCGGUCGAUAUUGAGCAGGUG